AUGAAGAACUUGCAAAUGCUAAAAAAGAAUAAAGAUAAUGAUGGUGAAAUUGAAUUUGUAGCUAAUAGUUCAAGCGGUCACGAUGGUCGUGGUGGUAGAUCAAGAAGUUGUGAUAAUCAUAGUGGUGGAUUAAGAGGUUGUGGUAAUUGUGGUGGUGGAUCAAUAGGUCGUGGUAGUCAUAGUGAUAGAUCAAAAAGUCGUGGUGGUCAUAGUG